GCGAUGUAUAAAACCAGGGCCCAGGGCUGAGCACCUGCCCGCGCCCCUACUGUGCCAUCGGAAGGGCUUCGCACCGCCUGCUGCCCACCUAGUUCACUCAGGUCCCGAAGUCGACGCCCCCACCCCCACGAUGUCCAAAGCAGCUCCUGCCAAAAAGCCGGCGGCUACGGCCCCGCCUCCGGGAUGUAGCCUGGACAUCAACGACCCCCAGGUCCAGAAAGCGGCCAUUCGUAUCCAGGCCUCUUACCGGGGCCACAGGUCCCGGAAGGAGCUGCGGGAGACCGGGCCGCCGCGCGUGCUGGAACCGCUGAAGGACGUGGUGCUGAUCGAGGGCAGCGCGGCCAAGCUGACUUGCCGCAUUUCGGCGUUCCCGGACCCAUUCAUCCGCUGGAGCAAGGACGGCAAGGAGCUGCGCGACGGGCCCAAGUAUCGCUACAUCUUCGAGGACCCUGACGUAGUCGCGUUGGUGGUGCGCGAUGGCGAGCUGGCGGACCUCGGCCAGUACAGCAUCAACGUAACCAACCCCUUCGGCCAGUGCUCCGACUCGGCGCGCAUCCUCGUGGAAGUCCCGGCGAAAAUUCAAAAGGGACCGGAUAACACCAAGGCGCGCAAAGGCGCCACGGUGACGCUGACUGCGGCGAUCAUGGGCGAGCCUGCGCCCAACGUGGGCUGGACCAAGGACGGCAAGGACAUCGAGGAGGAUGACAGGCGAGGGCGGGGAGCGGCUGCAAAGGCAGGGCCUGGCGCUGGAGCCUGGGCCGGAUGGGGCCCAGAAAACCCGCGGGAGUGGGACGAGGGGGGGGAACCGGGAGGCAAAGAACAGCGCUGGCUAAGAAGCCGGGCCCGGGAAGCCCGUAAACUGACACGCGGCCCCGCCCCCUCCCCCCGCAGGGUUUACUUCGAGAUCGGCAGCACCAACACAACGCUGACCAUCCGCCGGGCCACCCCCCAGGACAGCGGCAAGUACGAGGUGUACGUGGAGAACAGCCUGGGCAUGGACCAGAGCUUCGCUCGCGUGGACGUGGCCUGAAAGGGACUCUCGGAACUUUCGCUCUGUCUCCACGCCUUGGGGUGGGUGGGACUAACAACCCCCUUCUUCUUGCUUAAUAAAGCUGCUCUC